UACAUCAAAUUUUGUUUUAAAUAUCAUGUCACUUAAUGUAACCAUCCAAACUCAUCGCUAGCGGAUAUUAUCCACUUUUGUCCGUUACGUACCGUCGCCAUUCUCACGGUUUUAGAACAGGUAUGCUAGGGGGAGGUUUCCACACCCUUCUAAACAAUGUUCAUUCUCCUCCACAACCGAUGUGGGAUCUCACAAUCCAACCCUCCUUCAAGGCACAGCGUACUCGUUGGCACUCAUUCCCUUCUCUAAUUGAUGUGGGACUCCCUAAAUCUACUCCCCUUUAGGGCCAGCGUCCUUAUUGGCACACCGCUUCGUGUCCAACCCUUCAAGACUCAUUCUCCUCGCUGACACAUUGCCAAUGUCUAACUCUGAUACUAUUUGUAACGACCUAAUAUCACAACAUAUUUGAACUAGUACGUGCAAAAGUAUUAAAGCAUUGCCCAAGUUCAUAAAAGAAAGUUACCACAUUUUCCCAAUCUUAACAAGGUCAUCAGUGUGGUGGGUCAUCAUGGGUAAAGUUGGCGUUCGUGUCCUCUUUCUUUUCCUCCCUUGUUCGUUAUAAGAUUGACCAAAAGUGUGGAGAUAUAUUAAUACAAGUUCUUGUAAGAACACACAAAACAGCUUAAUGGCCAACAACCCCACUCUCUCCCUCAACACAUCCCAGAUGCGCCCCUAGAAUUAAACCCAUCAACUUUGAAUAAUAAUCUUCCUCACCCUCCAUAUCCCUCAUCAACUAUAUACCUCUUUCCCUUCUCCCCUCCUCACCCUUCAAACUUCACCAAAAACGACUACAGAUUUUCCAAAUCCAGAACUCAAAACUUGAAAAGGUCAGCUCACAUUCAAAUCAAACUUUUCUCUUAAUUCUCUUAGGUUUUUUUCAAAACUCCUCUCGAGUUCUUUGUUUUGUAAUCAUUAGUGUUCUUUUGGGUUAUCUUAUUCUCCUUUUUCCUGCUCAUGGUCUCGGCUCUAGGCAUGGAUUUGUGUGUAGUUUUCACGAGCUAGCUAUUAGGAUGACACCCAUUUUCUAGUACUGAAUUUUCCAGAACUCAAAACUCAGAAGGUCAGCUCACAUUCAAAUCAAACUUUUCUCUUAAUUAUCUUAAUUUUUCUUCCAAAGCUCCUCUUUGAUUUCUUUGUUUUGUAAUCAUUUGUGUUCUUUUGGGUUACUUUCUAAGAUUAUUGAUUCUCCUCGUCCGGCUCAUAGUCUCUUCUCUAGGCAUGGAUUUGUGUGUAUUUUUUCACGAGCUAGCUAUUAGGAUAACACCCAUUUUCCAGUACUGAAUCAUCCAGAACUCAAAACUCAGAAGGUCAGCUCACAUUCAAAUCAAACUUAAUCUUAGUUUUUCUUCCAAAGCUCCUCUUGAUUUCUUUGUUUUGUAAUCAUUUGUGUUCUUUUGGGUUACUUUCUAAGAUUAUUGAUUCUCCUCUUCCUGCUCAUAGUCUCUUCUCUAGGCAUGGAUUUGUGUGUAUUUUUUCACGAGCUAGCUAUUAGGAUAACACCCAUUUUCCAGUACUGAAUCAUCCAGAACUCAAAACUCAGAAGGUCAGCUCACAUUCAAAUCAAACUUAAUCUUAGUUUUUCUUCCAAAGCUCCUCUUGAUUUCUUUGUUUUGUAAUCAUUUGUGUUCUUUUGGGUUACUUUCUAAGAUUAUUGAUUCUCCUCUUCCUGCUCAUAGUCUCUUCUCUAGGCAUGGAUUUGUGUGUAUUUUUUCACGAGCUAGCUAUUAGGAUAACACCCAUUUUCCAGUACUGAAUCAUCCAGAACUCAAAACUCAGAGGGUCAGCUCACAUUCAAAUCAAACUUUUCUCUUAGUUUUUCUGCCAAAACUUCUCUUGAUUUCUUUGUUUUGUAAUCAUUAGUGUUCUUUUGGGUCAUUUUCUAAGAUUGUUGAUUUUCCUUCUUCCCGCUCAUAGUGUCUUCUCUAGGCAUGGAUUUGUGUGUAGUUUUCACGAGCUAGCUAUUAGGAUAACACCCAUUUUCCAGAACUAAACCAUGUGAUUGUUUGUUCUACUUUAUCCUAUGAGUUUCUUUUGUUCAUUGGGCAGAGAAAUGAAUGGAGAGUGGUGGAAUUAUUGUAACUUAUAAUAAGAUUUGAAAAGCCCAAACUAUCCUUAGGGAGUCAACAUUUUUGGCUUUUUAAUAAUUGGGUUGAUGGCUCUAACUUUUUCUAACUUUUUUGUCUAUCAGGCAUACCAUCAAACACCUGGUGUGCGUGUUACAGUGCAUACAAGAAACAGAGAGAUCAGAUUCAGAUCCAACAAUGGAGGGCGAAGAAAACAAACCUGCAGAUUCAUGGUCAGACACAGAGAGCACAGGGAGCUCCAAACGAGUUGCCUUCAGCGGUCCGUUACCAGGACCUUCUGUCGCCUACAAAAGAACCAACAGCUACAGCAGCAGCAGCACAAGAAGCACUAUGAGAAUCAAAGACGACGAUCAGUACGUCGAGAUUACCUUAGACGUUCGCGACGACUCAGUCUCGGUUCAGAACAUCAAAGGAGGAGAUUCAGAGACGGCAAUGCUAGCGAGCCGAUUGGAGACAAAACGCCCUACGCUAGGCUCUCAAUUGUCGUUCAAAUUGAAGCAAGUAUCACAGGAACUGAAACGGAUGACAUCCUCCAAAAGCUUCAACAGAAUCGACAGAACAAAAUCUGGCGCAAGUCGUGCCCUAAAUGGCCUCCGAUUCAUGACCAAAAACGUCGGAAGUGAAGCCUGGUCAGAGAUUGAGAAUCGAUUCAAUGAACUCGCCAUUAACGGAGAGCUUCCGAAGUCGUUGUUCGCAAGAUGCAUAGGCAUGAACGAGUCGAGCGAGUUCGCCGGCGAGUUAUUCGAGGCCUUGGCUCGAAGAAGAGGCAUAACUUCGUCCUCCAUAACCAAGGGGGAACUGCGUGAAUUUUGGGAGCAAAUUAGCGAUGAAAGCUUCGAUGCAAGACUUCAAAUCUUCUUCGAUAUGGUGGACAAGAAUGCCGAUGGCCGCAUUACCGGAAAAGAAGUCAAAGAGAUUAUUGCAUUAAGUGCUUCGGCGAAUAAGUUAUCAAAAAUCCAAGACGACGCGGAAGAAUAUGCUGCUCUGAUUAUGGAAGAGUUGGACCCCGACAACCUCGGAUAUAUCGAGCUUUACAAUUUGGAAAUGCUACUCCUGCAAGCGCCAAACCAAGCAUCGGCCAGGAACCGCGUAACGGACAGCCGAGUGCUGAGCCAACUACUAAGCCAAAAGCUCGUGCCCACAAAGGAAUACAACCCCAUCAAGCGCACCUACCGCUCACUCCGCUACUUCGUUGAGGACAAUCGGAAGCGCAUUUGGGUCUUCUCUCUAUGGCUCGCCGUUUGCGCCGCUCUUUUCGCCUGGAAGUUCGUCCAGUACCGCCGUCGGGCCGUCUUCCAUGUCAUGGGCUACUGUGUCACCACCGCCAAGGGCGCCGCUGAGACCCUCAAGUUCAAUAUGGCCAUUGUUCUUCUCCCUGUUUGUAGGAAUACCAUUACUUGGCUCCGGAGUACGACCAAGCUUGGCGCUGUUAUCCCUUUUGAUGACAAUGUUAACUUCCAUAAGGUAAUUGCUGUUGGCAUUGCCAUUGGGGUCCUUUUACAUGCUGGAGCACAUCUUACCUGCGACUUUCCAAAGCUACUCCAUGCGACCGACGCUCAAUAUGAACCGAUGAAGCCGUUUUUCGGUGAAGUACGACCGAAUAACUAUUGGUGGUUCGUGAAGGGGACGGAAGGGUGGACCGGGGUGGUGAUGGUGGUGCUGAUGAUCAUAGCAUUCACCUUGGCUCAGCCAUGGUUCCGCCGCAACCGCCUGAACCUCCCCAAAAUCAUCAAGAGACUCACAGGCUUCAAUGCCUUCUGGUACUCUCACCAUCUCUUUAUCAUUGUCUAUGUCCUCUUCAUCAUCCAUGGCUACUACCUCUAUCUUUCCAAGAAAUGGUACAAAAAAACGACAUGGAUGUAUCUAGCUGUCCCGGUUUUGAUAUACGCGUGUGAAAGAUUGAUUCGCGCGUUUCGGUCGGGCUACAAAACAGUGAGGAUCUCAAAGGUUGCUGUGUAUCCUGGAAAUGUUUUGGCAUUGCAAAUGUCAAAGCCUCAUGGUUUCAAAUACACAAGUGGGCAGUACAUAUUUGUGAACUGCUCUGCUAUUUCUCCGUUUCAAUGGCAUCCGUUUUCGAUCACUUCUGCUCCAGGGGAUGACUACUUGAGCAUUCACAUCCGGACUGUGGGAGACUGGACUUCACAGCUCAAGACCAUUUUCUCUAAGGUAUGUCAGCCACCAUCUGUUAAUCAAAGUGGUCUUUUGAGGGCUGAUAUUGGCCAAAGCAGCAACAAAAUCAGGUUGCCAAGACUGUUGAUAGACGGACCAUACGGAGCUCCGGCACAAGACUACAAACAAUACGACGUUCUUCUUCUCGUGGGGCUGGGGAUCGGCGCCACGCCACUGAUCAGCAUCGUCAAGGAUGUACUCAACAACAUCAAGGAACAAAAAGACAUCGAAAAUGGCAUCGCCGAUAAGCAUGCCAAGCCUUUCGUCACAAAGCGAGCUUACUUCUACUGGGUGACAAGAGAGCAAGGCUCAUUCGAAUGGUUUAGAGGUGUCAUGGAUGAAGUCGCCGAGAACGACCGAGAUAGAGUGAUCGAGUUGCACAACUAUUGCACUAGCGUUUACGAAGAGGGUGAUGCUCGGUCCGCCCUCAUUACCAUGCUCCAAGAUCUAAACCAUGCCAAGAAUGGCGUUGAUAUUGUGUCCGGGACAAGGGUGAAGACUCAUUUUGCUAGACCGAACUGGCGUAAUGUCCUUAAGCGUGUUGCUAUAAAUCACCCUGAUCAAAGAGUUGGGGUGUUUUACUGUGGAGCACAAGGGCUGGUAGGAGAGCUAAGGAGAUUAUCACAAGACUUCUCUAGGAAAACAACCACCAAAUUUGAUUUCCACAAGGAGAAUUUUUAGAGAAAUUUAAAUAUAUAUAUAUAUAUAUAUAUAUUAAGAAAUUGUAAUA